AUGGGCGAGCCAUCAAUACGAGAGAAUGAAAGUGUGGAACAGUCUUUCUUCCCCCUCCUACGGACAGUCAGUUACGGGGCCGCAGUAUUUGGUAAGUGGUAAACUUUCACUGAAACGUUGUUUAUUUUAUAUAUGGACGUCUUAAUAACAAACGCGUGUAUUCGACCAGCAUUAGCGGAUUCAUUUUAAUACAGAAGUCUUGAGUAGCUGUCUUAUGAAGUAAAAAUUUCGUAUGCAAUUUUAUCAAGAACUGCCUGAGCAUGAGACGUAGUUUGUCAAAGCCUGAACUGAACGCUUGACCUGGUAGAGCUUAUAAUCUCCGCUGAAAUAUACCGUUUCUUAUCUGUGGUACCUCUGUUGUCGACCGAAAGAUCAAAUUUCUUUAUAAUUACAAUGUUUUUGGCAAAUAUAGGUUGCCAUUGUUUGUAAAAUACUCCCGUGACUAAGACUUCUACCCACUCGUUGCCUGCUUGCCACUUCUAUGCAUAUAUGGCAGAUUACUAGUCCUUCUCCACCUCAGAGGAGAAAACGACUCUUUGGCAAAAGGGACACUGAGUACGACUCAAAUGUUUGGGUAAAUGAACUAGUAUUUUGUGUAUGUUUUCUAUAAAAUAUGUUUGAGUUUAUAAAAGCAUUGAAAAUCAAUGAGAAAAAACUCAUACUGCUUAGGUAGUCCUUUUUUAAUCAGUAGGGUUUUCGCAGACGGCCGGAAAGAAGCUCGUUAAAAAGCCCGCGCCCUGACGUGACUGAAAUAUCUUGGGAUUAUGCUCAACGGUAAUUGAUGUACGCCCCUACUUAAGUUACCUUUUCUGAUCAAAAACACAUUUCAGAACCUUGGUUAGCAUUUACUGAGAUAUCACAACCGCGGUCAGGGCAUUUCCACAGAAGACUCCAACACACAUAAGACUGCCUAGUCCAACGCCCCCAAUUUUUCAAACUUGUGGCAUUUAUUUGAUGACCGAAACUCUAGAUAGGCAGAACCUUCACUGACAGGAAUUCGUUCUCUGACUGGUUGGAACCCUUCACAUUUAAGAUAUUUCGAGGCAGUCGCUGCGGGUAUCUAUUUUGGCCGUGAUGGGAGAGAGUUGUGUCCUUUGCCUUGAUUUUCUAUAAUUGUGAAGGCUCACUUCACAGAUCAGAUACUCAUUUUGUUCAUAUGUAACCUACCAGCCUUUGAUCCCCGACGGAGUCUGACCUCAACCCCGAAGUUGAAAACAAAUGCUUCGGUUGGACAAUCUGCGCCUACUUCAGACGUACUGGCCACUCCGGCACAUUCAGCAGACAGUGGCUACAUCAGUCACUCACGCUCAGCCUCAAAGAUCUUUCCACUGUCGCCUAACGCUGCGGCCUUCUCAAUUGCAAAUCUCCUGGGAAGCGAAAAGUCACAGAAGAAUACAAAGGUUAUUGCCUCCUCAGUGCAGCAAGGGUCUACUGAGUUUCAGUGUCUACCCCUCGAUUUCUCCUCGUCCGGCGGCAGAACCAACGGAACCGCCUGCAGCAGCCCUCCACGCCUGACAAAGCCAUUCCAUUGCAGGUUCUGUAAUAAAGCCUAUAAUGCUAGGUCGUCAUGCAGGUAUGUCUCGAUUGCCGAAUACUGCUCAACUGCCUGGAUGCUCGUACCGGAGGUGUCCGUCCGCUCCCCGCGGUAUCUCGUUCGCGUGCUUUCUCCGUCCGCAAGAAGGUUGAGAACUCCGACAAGAACGUGA